AUGCGUGCUGAUAACUCACCUUACUACUCCCCUGCUGCCUCACCUAUCAUGUCCCCACGGCGCUCAAACUCUCCGCAGCCAACUCGCUGUCGUGCCCAGAACCCUUCCAAAGUGAAGCAAACCCAGAACUUCCACCUCGGCAGCCUGCCCCGGUUCCAUCCUGCCGUAUAUCAGUCGAGCAGCACUUCUCACAACGCUACAGCGCAGCCUCCAUCUCCUCACCAGUCUCGGCAGUCCACCUACCGCACUGCAGCCGGGUCACGCGACAUGAUGUGGCAGUACCGUGAAUACAUCGAGGGCGUCCACCAAGGUCCUUCGGCGCCCCGUUUGGAUCCUCUGGUUAGUCCGGGUCCCGUCACGCCCCUGGCGCUAGAGGCGGGUGAUUAUCUCGCCCAUGGCUCCAUGAACAACACAUCCGAGCGGAUCCCGCGAGAUGUCCCGAAGAACUCCGGCCCUCCGGCUGAGCUGGUGGAGAAGCUCAUUGCCUAUGAGGAGAUGGCCCGACAGAUGGCGCGAAAGUCCGCCAAGGGCCGAUAG